GAACAACACAAACUUGUCGCUGACACAAUCCCAUAUUAUACAGCUUGGUCACGAUGGCAGCUGAUCCCAAGACAAUGGUCGUGCCGCCCAAGCGGGCCAGGACCGAUUAUCCGCUCAUUGACUCUGACCCGCAUCUGCGACGAGUUUUCGGAUACGCCAGACCCUCCGAUUAUGCCGUUGGUGGUGGAAUGGCUGCGGCUUCUCCGCUCGCCUUCUGGAUUAUGGAACGAGUGAGCCCAUCUCAUGUCGGUAGGGGAGGAUUUGCCCCUGUGAUGCGCCUAGCUACAGCAAUUGGUCUCGUCGGAGGUCUACAUGUGCUUUACCAGAGAUCUUGCAACCGCUUUUACGGCUUUACAGAGAACUCGAGGGAAGUUGAGAUGGAUAUGAAGGAAAUGGUCGGCAAGGUUAAGAAGGGUGAGGCUUUGUAUGGUACCUCAACCGUCUCCUCUUACUUGCAAGGGGUGGCCGCCAGAAACUCGCGUUACUCAGAACUCUUUAUUCAUGUUCUUCCGUGGUUCAACAUUGUCAACCAUGACCAGCACGGUGUCGAUACAGCCAAAUACUAUCAACAGGCGGAGCGGGAGCUUGAAGCAGAGCGCUUGGCAAAGGCCGGAUCCUCCUAAAGUUUCGAUUGACGCAGAGAGGAAUGGAUUGUCUUACCACUUGAGCUCGGCCGUUCACUGAGGGAGCUGUAUACUUAAACAUAAAUGUGACGCAACCCCUCUUCCCACCCACUGGUGCGUGUGGCCAAGGCGAACGGAAUUGUAUAGUUAUUUUUUGUCAGUUAGGACUGGUGGCUAGUUCAAUCGGUGCUGUAUUUUCACUUUUCCACUGACGUAUUGUCAACGCUUUCGAUAUCAUUGUCAAAUUUUGUAUUCAACUCGCGAUUCUUUUUGGGACGAGGUUUUGGCGCUAUGAAAAAGUCAAAAACAAAUAUCAAAAUUUCCC